GGAAAGGAUCGUAAGGUAAGUAAAUAAUGACCUUACUAUUUUCGUAAAAUCUUUUCUCUUUAAAUUAAUCCCUUACAUCAUAAAGUUCAUUUCAGGUGUAAGCUCCCGAUUCGUCAACUAGUCUCGAUUAUUAACUGAGCACAGGAUGAAAAUAGAUAAUGUUGUUGACUUUAAUGAAACUGAACAAUAAAGUAGUUGCUUUCCUGAGUUGUUUUGAUAUUCUGUUAGAGAGAUAGUCAAAGAAAUAUCAUUAUUUUCUCCUAUGGAUGUCCUACACUACUACAAUUUGUUUACAAAUCUAAACCGAGUAUAUUGGAGUACAAUCUCAGUUCUGUUAUUUAAGAUCUGAAUAAGGUAGGUAACUUAGUCAGUACAAUCGAAUCAAACAGAGAUUAGAGUGGCACCCAGAUAAUUAGACGUACGAUAACGAGUAUUUUGAUAACUUUAAUCUUCCUUAGAUUGUGUGUUGUCAUUAUUAAUCCAAUUUGCCUCACAAAUAUAAUUUUCUGUGUAAUUCUUUCACAUGGGAACUCUAACCGUACAGUGUGUCACUGAUAUUGCAAUCACCUGUCAAAGUUGGGAAAUGUAUCAGUACUCGAAUGAUUAAAGUUGUCUGAUUUAUUGACAUCUGAAAUGAGUUUAAGCUAUACCUUUUAACAAACAACAGGGGAUGGAGGCUAUACACCCUUUAGGCUUCAUUCACAAAGAUUACAAUAAACAUUAUAGUUCUUUAUUGUUUUACUCAUAUCAACAUGCCAAUGGGCAUAAAAUUCUUGUAUUAAGGAAUCCAGGUGACUGAUGUAAGCAUGAAGACUUUUUGUUGAUAACUUUCAUAAGGCAUAUCAUCAAGGAACACCAUUAGUGCAUGUCAGAGCGUGUUAUGAACCAGAUAUUUUAUGGGCAACCAGUAAAAUACUUUGAUUUUUUGGAAUAGAUUAUAUCACAGAGGGUUCAAAGCAUUAGAAUAAUUCUCGUCGCCUUCAAGGAUAUACAUGGUGUUACCGAAAAAUCUUUAAGAUGAGGACGAUAUUUUAUAUGAUAAUAGUUAACUCUUUAUUGAACUAUAUUUUGUGUUAGAUAUCGUGUGAUAAUAACUCUAGUGACUGUGGUAUGAUAUGCUAAUAAAGUGUAAGGCUUACAGCAGUACUGGGGCAUAAUGCUUCUGAAAUUUGAGUUCUACGCAUACAAUUUUCUAUGAAUCAGAUUUAAUCGUAGUGAAAUGUCAAACAAUUUUUUAAAAAGUCACAAUAAGUUUGUCUGAAGGUCAGUUUCUUCCAGCUAUAUCAUUCUCAUACUAUAUAGUCACUUGUAAAUGGGUAUAAUUACUUGAUAAAGAAAAGGAAUAUUUAAUAAAAUAUCUCGAAAAUAUUCGGUUUUGAUUAGAGAUGAGUUAAAAAUUAGUAAUUUCCUACUUUCAGUUAUUAGAAUUUACCUUCCAACUUUACCAUAAUUUGGCUUACUCUCAGUCUAUUAAGGACAGUAUUUGCUUAUCAUAGUUAUUCAAACUGAAUUAAAGCGUAGUUCAUAUCAAGCAUUUUGUGAUAACUUUGCUGUGAUAUAUUUCUGUAUUCAGUAUAAACCUGAUAUUCUUCAUCCCUUUGUUAUUCAAUAUGAUAGAAAACACCUUUAAUUGCUUAUUACAACUGAUAUUUAUUUUAUUGGAGCAAAUUUUGUUCCACUACUUUCCCAAAAAACGUUGACAGCAAAAAAAGUUAUCUUUAUUGUAUACAUAGCACAUCUCAAGAUAUGUGAAGUUGGAAAAGAUCACAGAUACUAGUUAGUCUCAUUCGAUUUUCAUUAUUUCAAUUUAUUUCGAAGAAUCAGGUGGAGACUCGCCUUUGCACUCCGGCGUGUUGAAGCCUGCGACGAUCCCUAAUCGGGCUCGCUCGGACGCGUAGUUUUUACCAGUGGGGAGGUCUUCGGAUCAUCCCUUUAGUGAGUAACACAGUAGAAUCAUUUUAUCUUAUUAAUGCACAAUAGUUAAGUUAUGCUGUCUGAUUUAUGAGUUUCUAAUAUUUUGAAAAUCCAGGAGCCUGUAAUACCUCCGGCUACACCUCGUACAUAUACUGAGGACUCUAGACCUUCAAGAACACCAAGACCAACUGCAGAGCCACCAUACACUUUACCACCACUACCACCACCUUUACCUGACGGACCACCAGGACUCAGAGGACCCGUUGGCCCUCCUGGACCUCCAGGACCCCCUGGUGACCCUGGUUUUGACGGAGAGAAUGGAAUGCCUGGUAUGCCUGGCCUUCCUGGUCCACCACCCCAAGAUGUCGAUGAAUAUAUGCAACGUUCUAGAGCAAUGGUAAAGGGUCCAGUUGGUGAAAAUGUUACCAUGUAUCAAGAUAUCCGAGUGACAAUGGGACCACCUGGUGAACCAGGUGCACCUGGAUUUCCAGGUGUGAUUGGUGCACCUGGACCAAUAGGUCAACCCGGAGCAAUGGGAGAUCCAGGUCCAUCCGGAAAUCCGGGAUCUAGAGGGCAUCCAGGACCUGCCGGAAAUGACGGAAAGUCUGGGCCUGUAGGUAGGCCUGGAUUAAAAGGUGCUAGAGGACCACGUGGUACGCCUGGUGUCAUGGGAGAAGCUGGUCUCUCAGGAGCCAUGGGACUGCGUGGAGAACGUGGUGAUCGUGGUGACGAAGGUAUCAAGGGAAUGAGUGGUGACUAUGGUCCUAAAGGACUUCCAGGGCCUGUGGGACCUAAAGGUUCAAUCGGUCUACAAGGUCAACGUGGUGAACCAGGACCUAGAGGAUUUAUGGGUUUAUCAGGACCUGUGGGAAUUGAUGGAACAGAUGGCAUUCCAGGAGCACCAGGGGAUCCUGGAGCACCUGGUCCACAAGGAACUGCCGGGUUGCAAGGUCCAGAAGGACCCAAAGGUCAGCCUGGUCUUCCUGGACCAAAAGGCGAAGUUGGUUUUCCGGGAUUACGUGGAGACCGAGGUGCACCUGGCCCAUCUGGUAAUCCAGGGAAGCAGGGAGCCGUCGGACCACCGGGAGCUGUUGGUAAUAAAGGAGAACCAGGAGAUCGAGGCCAUCCAGGAAAGCCUGGUAUGAUGGGAAUCCGGGGAUUUUCUGGUGGCGAAGGAGAAAUUGGCCUUAUCGGCGCAAAGGGACCAGAAGGUGCAGUUGGAUUGCAAGGUUCUCAAGGUCUACCAGGGCCAGAAGGCAUCAAAGGUCGUCGUGGUGAACGUGGUCCAUCCGGCCCGGUAGGCGAACAAGGAAGCAGAGGAAUACGCGGUUCCGCCGGUUUAUCGGGUGCCCAAGGACAUGAAGGCAGCCGUGGCCUUCCUGGCCUACGUGGUCCUUCAGGUCCUGAAGGCCCACCUGGUGCAAUCGGACCAGCUGGAGCGCCUGGCGUGACAGGUCCAGUUGGUGAGAAAGGAUCAGAGGGAGAUAUAGGACCGAGUGGCCUCAGGGGUUCAACGGGUCCUAGAGGCUCAGUAGGAAAUCGUGGACAACCUGGCCCAACUGGUGAACCUGGUCCAAAGGGUCCUCUUGGAACUAUCGGUCGACCGGGUAUGUCUGGAGCACCAGGAAUUCCCGGUCCACAGGGUCCACAAGGAGGACAAGGUCUGCGUGGUUUGCCCGGGUCAAUGGGAAGAACUGGUGAUCCUGGAGCAGUAGGAUCAAGAGGCCCUCGAGGCGAUAGAGGGUCACGUGGUGAACCCGGACCUCCAGGUCCGUUCGGUCCAUCAGGCGAGAAAGGUCAACGUGGGCAAACUGGUAAACGUGGGCCUAUGGGAGCAGAAGGUCGGGUUGGUCCUGAAGGUCCACCAGGAACACCUGGAAAACCGGGUGAUCCUGGACCUGCUGGGGAACCUGGGCAUAUUGGUCCAGCCGGAGCACCAGGAGAACGUGGAGCUCCAGGGCAAAUGGGCCCACCAGGGCCACCUGGAAGAGCUGGAGAGAAAGGGGCCACAGGUCCCGUCGGACGUGAUGGUCCUAAAGGUGAAAGGGGAGAAAAAGGAGAAACUGGAGACAGUGGAACCACUGGAGUGCCUGGUCUUGUUGGGAAUACAGGUGUUCGAGGUGAGAGAGGUGAAAAAGGUGAUAGAGGACCUACUGGACCUCGAGGAGAACCAGGGCCGGUGGGUAUUCCAGGACAAAGAGGGGCAGAUGGACCUAUGGGACACCCCGGGCCCCAAGGACGCACCGGUAAUAAGGGAAUACUAGGAAUUCGUGGCUAUCAGGGGGAUAAAGGAUCUCCAGGAGAUCAAGGACCACAAGGUAGUCCAGGAGACGCAGGUAUACCAGGACCACCCGGACCACCUGGUUCUGUUGGAAUGAAAGGUCUUAAAGGAGAAAUGGGUUCUCGUGGACCUCGUGGUGAGGCUGGUAACAUGGGACAGAAAGGAGUUCAAGGACCACCCGGACCUAAAGGACUACCUGGUUUACCAGGUCAUCAGGGUGAGAGAGGUCAACCAGGUGUGCAAGGAGAUCAAGGACCAAUGGGGCUUCUUGGUGAGCCCGGUCCACAAGGGCCACCUGGUGAAAACGGUCGGCCGGGUCCACCUGGUCCAGUUGGACAAAUGGGACCGAAAGGGGAGGCGGGAGAUCCAGGACUUGAAGGACCAGCAGGUUCAGAUGGAUUACCUGGACUGCCAGGUCCUGCAGGUGAAAAAGGAGAGCGUGGUGAACCUGGAUUGCCGGGUACUGUAGGACCCAUAGGACCAGAAGGCGAUCAAGGGCCCAGUGGAGCACCGGGAAAAAUUGGACCAACUGGACCACCUGGUAAUGUCGGAAAACCAGGAGAAAUGGGAUCACCAGGAAAUGCUGGUUUACCUGGAAGAACAGGCUUACCAGGACCACCUGGUAAAGACGGUCAAAUGGGGAAACAAGGUCCACGUGGUGAGGAGGGACCUCGAGGGCCGGAUGGAAAUCCAGGAAUGCAGGGUCCACCAGGCGCUUCAGGUGUCAAAGGACCUCCAGGAAGUAGAGGACCAGUUGGUCCAACAGGAAUUAGAGGACCACCUGGACUUGUUGGACAGCUUGGACCACCAGGAAAACAAGGAAGUCAAGGAAGACCUGGGAAACCAGGUCCAGAUGGUUUUCAGGGGAAACGUGGUCCACCGGGUGACAUAGGUGGACCGGGAGUUCCAGGUAGUAAAGGACCAGUGGGAGACGAAGGAGAACCUGGUUCACGUGGUGCAGCUGGUAACAUGGGUCUCACGGGACCACCUGGUGAUGGCGGUCCCCCUGGAUUACCAGGAAGUCCAGGCUCACGUGGGCCACAAGGACCAUUAGGUGAAGUUGGUCUUAAAGGUGAAACAGGUCUUCCAGGAAUACCAGGAACAGUUGGGCAACCUGGACCAAUGGGACCACCAGGGGUUCAAGGUCCACCAGGUGAACCUGGUCCUCCAGGAAAUGAUGGUCCCCCAGGAGCACCUGGUUUACCAGGACCGCCGGGGGAAUUCAAAACAGAUUACACAUCAAUGUUUAGUCGUAGAAGGGAUUCAGACAGUGGGAUGAUGCAAGCUGACGAACCCAAUCCAAGAGGUAGAAGAAUAAGACGUUCAUACGAUUGGAGUGAUGAAGAUUAUGAUCCAAGCAAAGAAACUGAUCCUAAUGAUGAGGAAGAGGACAUUUUUGAAGCAUUACGACAAGUUGGAAGACUUGUAAACAGUUUGAAUAGUGGGAGUGGGACUCAAUUCAAUCCUGCACGAACAUGUCAUGAUUUAAAAAGAGAUCAUCCAGAGAAGAAAGAUGGUAUUUAUUAUGUGGAUCCUAAUGGUGGUCACUGGCGAGAUGGGAUCAGUGUAUACUGUCGUCUAAGUGGAUUAGAAACAUGUGUCAGUCCGGUUACGGAACAGAUGCCUUCAGUUUAUCUAUCUCAAUCCAGACAGAAGCGUUUAUGGUAUUCCGAAUAUUUAAUGAAGUCGGAGAAUGCUCAAAUAGAAUAUCAUAUGCCAAAAGAUCAAUUGGUCUUCCUUCAGAUGUCAAGUGAAGUAGCUAUUCAGCGAUUGAAAGUAAAUUGUCGAAAUCUCCGAAACAUACUAGAACAGUUGUCGUUAUUAAGUGACAGUGGCAUACUGAUUGAAUUCAAUGAGACCAUACCAUCAUUAUCUAUUGAAAUUGAAGAAAAUACGUGCAAGCAUCAGCAAAGCGGUAGUCUUCUUCUUACUUUGCGCACAAAACAACCAACUUUACUGCCUAUCCGAGAUAUCAGAAUAUUAACGAAUGGCUUAUACGAUUCAGAGUUAUCUUUGGAAGUUGGUACAAUCUGUUACGGUGGUAUGGAUCCUGAACAGUUCAAUAUUACAGAUAUUGAUAUUGCAAACAAUAGUAAUAGCAAUGACAAUAACAAUAAUAAAGAAGACCCCAAUCACAAUAGUUACAAUAGUGAGAACAAAUCAAAUUUUGAAACAUUGAAUCCAGAUUUAAAUGAUAUUAGUAAUAAUAUUAGACUAGUGUCGAAAACAUUUUGAAUCAAGACUACUAUUAAAUUAGUCAUUAUUCUUAUCAUUGUUAUUCUUAUUGCUGUUAUUACUGGCGAGGAUAUUUAUGCUUUUUCAAUAGGUGAUCAAAGACUGCCUACUGAGGUGAACAUUGACUGUUGUUUGUAUUAGAAAAAGCGAAUCUGUAAAUUCGUGUCAAAGAAAGUAAUAAAAAUAUUUUGUGCACA